AUGACUACCUCAAAUAAAUUCGAGCAACACGAAACUGAGGCCCAAUUGCUCCGCUACGGGGGAGCCGAAACCGAUGAUUACUCAAGCGAUUCAAAUAACUCAGAUACAUAUAGUGAUAAUUCAUCUGAUUGCGAGUCCAAUGAAUACAAUGACUAUGGUUCUGACUAUGAAUCCGAUUACGAAUCAGAUAUUGGAACUUCACCACUCUCAAAGGUAGAAAAACAAAAGGUUAACGUGACAUAUUAUAAAAGACGGAAAAAGUUUAAUAAUAAAUUUACUGCAAAAGAUUUAUUAAAUAAAAUUCGCGAAAUUGCUUCAUUUCCCGCUAAAGACAUGAUGAACAAUAAAGGCUCGUUGGAAGAUAUACAUUUGUGA